AUGGCGGCCCCUCAGGACGGGUACCCUCAGGGCUAUCCUGCCCAAGAUCAAUAUGCCCAGAGUCCAGUGCAGCCUGGAAUCGGCGAGUCUGCCACAUCUCCUCCACCUCCCGGUGGACAACUUGAACACGAAGGAGGAAAGAAAAAGAAGAGAGGCUACGCGGCGCAAGCAUACGACUUCGGCGCUGGUGGGAACUCAGCACUAGGAGGGCAAAACCAGGGCGGAGCUGCAUUUCCACCUCCUGCAGGGCCAGCAUACGGUGGAUAUCCAGCUCAGCAAGAGGUUCCAGCAUACGGUGCUCAGCCAUACGGCUCGCCUGUUGGAGGACCUGAUCCCGCUGCAGCAGUUCCUGGAUAUGGUGCUGCCCCGGCGCAGUACGGCGGCGGUGUGGGAUAUCAGGGUGCUGCGCCUGGAUACCCGGGACCCGGGGCUCCAGGAACACCUGGAAUUGCUGGUAUUACUCAAGGAAUGGGGCAGAUGGGAUUUAGCGGACAACCCCCUCAACCAGGAUCGCAGCCAGGACAACCUCAACCGCCUGCCGGAGCUGCUAGACCUGCGGUUCUGAACCAAUUGUACCCUACGGACCUGUCGAACCAGCCUUUCAAUGUUGCAGAAUUGGAGCUGCCGCCUCCAUCUAUCAUUCUGCCCGCCAAUUCGAGUGUUACCCCAUCCCCUCAUGCGAACUGCCCUCCGAAAUACGUGCGAUCGACUCUCAAUGCUGUUCCCACCACAAACUCGCUUCUCAAAAAAUCGAAGCUUCCAUUCGCUCUCGUCAUUCAGCCAUACACUUCUCUUCACGAUGUGGAUGACCCAGUGCCCAUUGUUCAAGAUCAAGUGAUUUCUCGCUGCCGAAGAUGUCGGUCGUAUAUCAAUCCCUAUGUCACAUUCCUCGACCACGGACAUAGAUGGAGAUGUAAUAUGUGCAACCUUACGAACGAUGUUCCCCAAGCCUUCGACUGGGAUGCUGCGGCCCAGAAGAGCGUAGACCGCUGGCAAAGACCGGAGUUGAACCACGCCGUGGUAGAAUUUGUUGCUCCGCAGGAGUAUAUGGUUCGCCCUCCGCAACCGUUGGUCUACCUCUUCAUAUUUGAUGUCAGCUACGCCUCCGUCUCCUGUGGUCUUCUUGCAACUAGCGCCAGAACCAUUUUGGACUCUCUCAACAGACUCCCAAAUGCGGAUAGGCGGACACGGGUGGGGUUCAUGGCAGUUGAUUCAAGCCUGCACUACUUCGCUGUUCCUAAGGAUUCGGAGGAGAACGGCGAGACUCAGAUGCUGGUUGUCAGCGAUCUGGAGGAGCCAUUCCUGCCAAUCCCUCAAGAACUGUUGGUUCCUCUGUCGGAAAGUCGAUUGAGUGUUGAAAAAUUCCUCACCACCCUGCCCUCAAUGUUCCAGACAAAUCAAAACAAUGGUUCAUGCAUGGGAUCUGCUCUGCGGGCUGGCCAUAAGCUCAUCUCUCCUCUUGGCGGCAAAGUUGUGGUUAUCUCGGCUUCGCUUCCCAACGUUGGCUUCGGUAAACUUGAGAUGCGUGAGGACAAGAAACUGCUUGGUACUUCGAAAGAGAGCGGCCUGCUACAGACUGCUAACAGUUUCUACAAGAGCUUUGCUGUCGAGUGCUCAAAGAGUCAAGUCUCCAUUGACAUGUUCCUUUUCUCCUCCCAAUACCAAGAUGUGGCAUCACUCAGCAAUCUUCCAAGAUAUACUGGAGGACAGACUUACUUCUACCCUGGUUGGAACGCUGGGAGAAGUGAGGAUGCGAUCAAGUUUGCCACCGAGUUCAGUGAUUACCUUUCCUCAGAAAUUGGACUGGAGGCUGUUUUACGAGUUCGUGCUACUACCGGUCUCCGGAUGAGCACCUUUUAUGGCAACUUCUUCAACCGAAGCUCGGAUCUUUGCGCUUUCCCUGCAUUCCCUCGCGAUCAAAGCUAUGUGGUUGAAGUUGCGAUUGACGAGAGUCUGACAAAGAACUUUGUAUGCAUGCAAACUGCCGUGCUCCACACUACAAGCAAUGGGGAGCGACGAAUCCGAGUUAUGACCCUUGCAUUGCCUACGACGACAAACCUUGCCGAUGUCUACGCCUCAGCUGAUCAGUGCGCGAUCACCACCUUUUUCAGCCACAAGGCCGUCGAGCGAGCUCUGAGCAGCGGUCUUGAGCCAGCACGUGAGGCCCUUCAAUCGAAGCUUAUUGAGCUGCUUCAAACCUUCAAAAAGGAGCUUGCUGGAGGCAACUCUGGUGGUGGUGGCCUUCAGUUCCCUGCGAACUUGCGUGGUCUCCCAGUCUUGUUCUUGGGACUCAUCAAAAACGUUGGUCUACGAAAAUCGGCUCAAAUUCCAUCUGAUCUCCGAUCAGCUGCUCUAUGCCAGUUGUCGACUCUUCCGCUCCCACUUUUGAUUCAAUACAUCUACCCCCGAUUAUACUCAUUACACGACAUGCCCGAUGAUGCCGGUGUUCCCGACCCCGCAACUUCUCAGAUCAUCCUCCCACCGCCUAUCAACCUUUCCUCGGAACGCCUUGCACCGUUUGGCCUCUACCUAAUCGAUGAUGGACAGACACAAUUCCUCUGGGUCGGCCGGGAUGCAGUUCCUCAAUUGCUUUCCGAUGCGUUUGACGUCAACGAGCGCACCAUGCUCAAGGUCGGCAAGAGCACACUCCCCGAACUGGACAACGACUUUAACGAGCGGAUCCGGGCAGUUGUGAUGAAGAGCCGGGACUACCGUUCUCGUGGCGUCGGCAGCAUCAUCGUGCCACACAUGUACGUGAUCCGAGAAGACGGCGACCCAAGCUUGAAACUAUGGGCGCAGACGCUGUUGGUGGAGGACCGGGCCGACCAGGGUAUGAGUUUACAGCAAUGGAUGGGGACGCUGAGGGAGAAGGUGAGCUAG